AUGACAGCUGCAGUGACAUUCCCCAGACCCAACCGACAACGCCUGCAGCCUGGUUUUCCGUCCCUCAUGCUCUCUCCACUUCUGCCAUGUCUUGUUGCUUCGCUCUUUAUGAAUGGAAGCCCGGCACCAACGACAUCUGUACCAGCAGUACAGCUUUUUAUCAAAGAUGGAGAACAUAAAACAAUUCAGCUGCAGCAGCCAUUCGUGUACGCCGGAACGACUUACUCUCAUCUCUAUCUAAAUAUGGAUGGUUACGUAUCUUUUUCUAUUCCAAAUAUUGCUGAUCAAACAUCAAGUUGGAUUGAGGUACCCAACCCACAAGUUGGCAAAAACAUAAUCGCGCCGCUGUGGACCGAUCUUCGUGUUGACCAAGGAGGAAGCUGGACCUACGAGCAGGCCACAAAUGGCUUUCUUCUAAAAGAAGCUACAAAUGCAAUUAACAUCAUGUUCCCCUCUAUUAACUUUUCUGCUUCCUGGGUCUUUGUCUCCACUUGGGAAAACGUACCACUUGAAUGGACUUCAGGGGUUGCAUCCCUCCAAGUUGUCUUGGUCUCAGACAGUGAAGGUCAAUCUUAUGCCCUGUUGAACUACGGUACCAUACCUUCUAUUCCCUCCCCUUUCUGGCUGGCCGGCUUUGACGUAGAAAACAGUGAUUUUAUUACCAUUGCAGUAGACGAUUCCUCUCAGCUGUCUUCGACUAGUAACAGCAAUAUUCCAGGUUGCUGGGCUUUUCAAGUGUCCAAUUUACCUGCAGGCAAUCCAGUUCCUGCAAACUUCUAUCCCUUCUGGCAUGGUGCAAAAGUUGACCUUAAUAAUGGGAGUUCCUCUCAGAUAACACUUCAGAGGGCAUUCCAGUACUUUGAAUCAUACAUGAACACAAUACAUGUGAAUAAGAACGGCGUACUAAGUUUCUCAGAGCCACUCCACGAGGCAAGUCCUGAUAUCUAUGCAAAUAACACCGACAUCAUCGCUCCAUUUUGGACCGACUUCGUAACUGACGAUGGAAAAGUCAUCUAUCAGGAAGUCACCGAUGGUCCUCUUCUGGCCCGUGCGACACAAGACAUUAAUACCAUGUUCCCAGGAAUCAUUUUUAUGCUACUUGGCUUUUUAUAGUCACCUGGGAAAUGAUGUCAUUCGUCAACAAUACAGGGGCUGCGACAUUCCAGGCAGUCUUAAUUUCCAAUGGUGCAGACGUCUCCUACAUCAUACUGAAUUAUGGACACAUUAAUUCUACUAAUCAGAAGUGGCUGGCUGGCUAUAAGGCAGUGCACAACAGCUACAAUUUCAUUCCAGAAACAGACACCGUUAAACUCUCUUCGACUUCUAACGUCCACAUUCCCGGUCGCUGGGCUUUCAAAAUCGGCUCUCCUGCCACAUCGCCCUGUCAAAUUUUUAAAUGCACGUGGACUGAAGUUUGCAAGCACAUAAAUGGAGCUUAUGGCUGUGGCUGCAGAGAGGAAUACAAUAGAACUGACACAA